AUGUCCACUCAAGUCAUUGGCCUGAGGAUGAUCCUUCUCAUGUGGUGCAUGCUGGUCUUCUUCUUUUCCACCAGUGAGGAGAUGGUUGUGGAUAGAACUGGCAGCAUGACAAGGUGGCAUUCCUAUCAGAUGGAAAAGGGACAAAAUGUCAUCCAAAACUUUAAAAGGCACUCAGAAGGGACCUUCACCAGCGACCUGACCGGACAUCUUGACAAAUUGAAGGCGAAAGAUUUUGUGGAGUGGUUGCAGCACCACGAGAGAAGAUCAUGGAAAACUCCUCCAAAUUGAGGCACGCGCUUGACUAUUUUAUUAUAAUUCAUUUAUUCAUU